AACUCCACAGCUUUAGUCUGAGGCAAAACCCUUGAGGCUUUUAUUUUCUUGAAUUACUGGUGGACUACUUCUUUUACAAGGUGGAAAGGUUGCAUCUGGAAUUAUUGGCUCUGCAUUUACAGUUGAAUUUAACCUUGAAGACGACUGCUAACUUUACUACUGCAGUAUUGUAGACAAGCUUUUCUAUUUACCAGACUGAAAGGAUGUGGAGGAGAUUGGCUCAGAUCCUGGGCCUGCUGCUCUGCAUCCUGGGCUGGGCUUUGGUGGGCUGCACCCUUGCCAUGGACCACUGGAGAGUGGCCCAGCUGGGGGGUCAAGCAGGCUCCUCUGUGGUAGUGACAGCCUGGUACUGGUCAGACCUGUGGAAGGACUGCUAUGAAGACUCCACUGCUGUGGUGAACUGUGUAGACUUCAGAGUGCUGUGGAUGGUCAAAUCUUACGUCCAGGCAGUCAGGGGGCUCCUGAUGAGCAGCCUUUGCUUCGGCUUGAUUGGCACAGUGCUCACAUUUUUUGGAAUGGAGUGCACACGCAUUGGGGGAAACUGGAGAAGUAAUGACAGGCUAUUAAUAACAGCAUCUGUUUUCCAUGUGGUCGGCUGUGCAUCAGCCGUGGCUGGUUAUUGUUUGUACAUAAACAGAGUGGUUGCAGCUUUUUUACACAGCAAAGCAGAUCCGUCAAAACUGAGCUACGAAAUUGGACCACCCCUAUAUCUUGGCCUGGUGGGGAGUUUCCUCAUUUUUAUUGGCUGUGCAAUUCAAUGUGCAACUGUGCACAGAGUUAACCACCCAGAAAGAGGCCGUCCCACGGGUUCCAUUAUCAGAGAAAUAAAAGAAGAAAAAGAAGUGUUAAGAGGAAAAAGACGCAUCUAUGGAGGAUCAAAAAGGCCAAGUGGCUCCCAAAGCAUUUCUGCAUACAAGGUGGCUUCUAUUGUGAUUGUGUAAUACAACAGAUUGGCGAGUUUAAGAUGCAACAUAAUCAGGGCUGUAACAUGGAUU